GUCUGGCGGCUGCGCCGAUCAAUACGACGCUCUCCACUGUGCCGGCUGCACCCGCCUAGCCCACUGGAGACGGACUCUGAGCAGCGAAGCGGCGAGACGACAGCAGUAGCAGCGGUCGAGCCACACGACACACACAGCAGCUCAUAGCUACCUACACAUCUCGCCUUACUCAGCACAAUUUUAAGAUGAAGUGGGUGUCCAUCCUCGUUGCUGCCCUCCUCCUGGUAAGUGUAGCUGUGGCUGAGGGAGAAAUAUGGGAGGAAGAUGACCACGAGGUACUCAUCCGCAGCGAGAGGGGUGCAAAGAAUAGGGAUCCCUGUCGCUACCUGAAGGGAGCAUGGUCAGAAUGUGACCCAAAAACUAACAUGAGAACUCGUACUCUAACACUGAAGAAAGGUGACCAAGCAGCAUGUGAGCAGACAAAGACAAUUCAGAAAAAGUGCAAAAAAGCCUGCCGUUAUGAGAAAGGCACAUGGAGCGAGUGUUCCCCCCAAAACCAAAUGUCACGGAGUGACACUCUUAAGGCCAACAGUGACCCCUCAUGUGAACAGAGCCGACAAAUAACUAAGAAGUGUAAAAGCAAAGGUGCUAAGGCUGGAAAAGGAGGCCGACGCAACCGCCAGUAAGAUAUGAGAAGUAAUGAGCAAGCAAGUCUUCACACCUGCACAUGCAGCUGUGUGUGCAGUAUUGCUGGAAUGUGUGUUUGUAACAAAACUGAGGAAAACUUAU